AAUACUCACCUUCAGUUACGUUUAAAUCAUCGACGGUGAGAGUAAAGUUUUUUCGUAAUAUUUUGCUUUAUCAAUCAUGACUUUGUCCUUUAUGGUGACGCAAGUGGAAUCGCGAGUGUCCAAUGUAGCGACCAAGCAGACAGGAAGAUUCAAAUUGCCCGAAUGGCUCGACGAAGAUUUUCUUCAGCUCUGCAUGCAACGGGGCGAGAACGAUCCUACGAUUCGUGUAUUAAAGCACUCAGUAACCAUAGGGAGUAUAUCCAGCUAUCCAAAUGCCGUAUCGACAUACCGGGUGUCCGUGGAAUUCAAACGGCGUCCACGAAGUCGUAAUAUCUUAGACUUCAAGCCGCAAGAAGUACGUUCAUUGAUCAUCAAGGUUAUGAACCACGACAAUCAAGACAGUAAAUCGCUCGAUACAAUUUACCUAAUCGAAAAAGAGAUAGAAUUAUUAUCAAAGACGAUACCGGCUAUACACAAAAUCGUCAGCAUGGAAUAUCCUCAGAGUGGUAUUCAACAAUUUACGUCACACUGUAUUUAUUCCGAAUUGCAACCGCGGCCAUUGAUCGUCGUGGAGGAUUUGCAUAAUCUAGGUUACUGCAUAGCGAGUCCCAAAGGACAUCGGGGACUCGAUCUGGAACAUUCCACGAUGGUCAUGAGAGUAUUAGCAACAUUUCAUGCAGGAUCAAUCGCUAUAUAUGAGAAGGAUCCUUCCUCCAUGAAGCAUUACGAGGCCAAUGUCUGGAACAAGCAAAAUGAAAGUUUGGUCAAGGAUUUCAUUGAGCUUACCGUAAAGGAUGUGGCGGACGAAGUGGCCACGUGGCCAGGAUAUGGGGAAAAAUAUUCUGCGAAGAUACGAGGACUCCGUAAGAAUUUAUUGUCCCGUGUGAACGCGGCUGUUACCAGAGAUCCAGAAUCUUUUAACGUCCUGGUCCACGGUGAUCUGUGGUUUAACAAUAUUCUCUUCAAGUACGACAUGACUGGUACAGGAAUUUCGGAUCUAAUGUUUGUCAACUUUUCCAACGCCAGAUAUUCCUCGCCGGUUAUCGAUCUGCAGCACUUCCUAUUUUCAAGUCCCGUGGACGAAGUUCGCAGUAAAAAUUACACGAGACUUCUGCGCGUCUAUUACGAGAGUCUGGUAUACGUAAUGGGAAAGUUCAAAGUCAACACGAAGCCACCGACGUUCGAGGAGCUUACAAAAGAAAUGACAAAGCGCGGAUCUUACGGGAUUUUAAUUGCUUUCAUCCUCUUGCCGAUCGUUCUCGGUGAAAAGACGUUAAAUCACAAUUUCUUGAACAAUCCGGACGUCAUUAAGUCACGCCGAAAGUUUUACAGUACGGAAAAUUACAGAAGCGCGCUGAAAAGAUUAUUACCGAUUUUCGAGGAGAGGGGUCUGUUCGAUUAGCCAUAGAUCAUACGAGUCCCAAAUGCAUUGGGCCCCCAUCGAUCUUCAUGGUGAUUUUUAUAUACAUAUACACUGACUGAAUUAAAUAGAAGAAAAUAAUUAACUUGGUCCAUAGACCGAUGCAUGAUUAGUCGGCUGAUUCUGAUUUAUAAGGUCAAUAACGAAAUCGAUCAUUGCCACUGGAUUAAUCGAUAAAUCCUUUGGAUCCAAAACAACAGUCACUCUUUAUCAUAGGCUUUCGCUGUGUGCGCGAUAAAGUUUCAAGACCGAUUUUUUUGGGGUUUUUAAAAAUGGCCAAAAGUACGAUCACUCAAAUACGUUAUUUGGGUAAACGAGUAUUAAUUCUUUUUACGUUGAUCAAUAAUUUUUGAUAUCCCUUGUACAUAGAGUCCUAUAUGUUAUAGUGUAUUAUCUCGUGGCUAAGACAACGUGUGUUAAUAAUCUAUAUAUUUAUUUGCGUAAGUAUUCUAGUCUAGGUAUACCUAUUAAUCGUUCGCUUAUUUCAAAAAUUUUUUUUUCGAUUGCGAAUCAUUAGAAUCUACAAUUUACAUGCGUAAUUGGAUCGUAAUCGUAAUUAUUAUAUGUGUAAUGUAGCUUUAAUAUGUUCUGUAAUUGCUUCAAGAUACAUCUUGUUGGAAUGCAAUUUGAUAAGGACGAUAAUUAAUAUAAAUUUUAUUUCGCACUGGCAAA